AUGGACGUCGUCGACGGUGGCACCGCGGGGAGGGGGGUGGACGGUGGGACGGCGACGGGCGUGGAAGACGGGAUCUCGGGAGGACGCGACGGCGCGCGGCGCCCGAGCGCGCGCUCGCGCGAGGGCUCGAAUAACGGGCACUCGAGCUCUGGGAGCGAUGAGGGCGCGAACGAUGGGUCGGGGAGUGAGCGUGGGGGGGGGGGCGGAUGGGUGGUGAAGACGGCGAGCGGCGGGCGACGGACGUUCUCGCCCGCGCUCGCGGUUCCGAGGCGAAUGAACUCCGUCAUCAAGGGACAGCCGAGGUACGCCGAGGAUUUGGGGAAGAAUUCCAGUCGUUUGUUCCGACGGGCGACCGAUAGGGAAGGGAUGGAGGGGCGGGAACGCGUCCCGCUGAAGCGGAGUGAGUCGAGCGUGGACGUGGAUAUGAGCCAAGCGAGCGACGUGAGCGCGGCUUCGACCUCCACCUACGUCACCACCUUGGGUAAUCAGAGCGGGAACGCGUUGAAAUCGAGCGCGAGCGCGGUGGAACUGCGAGCGUUGAACAAGAUUAAGCCAGAAGUACCGCCGUCAUCGAGCGGUUUGUCUCACAUCGGUGGGCAAGAGCACGCCAAGCAGAGAGAAAAGCCAAAGACUCGGGAGGAACAGCGAGGGAACCUGGGGAGCGAAUUCGUCGAAGCGGAGUACGCGGAGGGUGUUCCCGACGCUUCGUGCAUGAAAGGGGCCACGUUCAGAGAUUUUAUCAUCCUCCGUGAGCUCGGUCGCGGGCUGUGUGGCACCGUCUACCUGGCCAAGUACCGCUUGACGGAUCAACUCGUCGCCUUUAAGGUUAUGCGAAAGCAAAAGCUUAUCGACGUCGGAGAGGUUCGCCACGCGGUACGAGAGCGUGAGGUUCACGCCAUGAUGAAUAAUGGACCCUUCAUCGACAAGCUGUUGCACUCGUAUCAGGAUAAGUGGGCGUUGUAUUUGGUAUUGGAGUACGCUCCCUGCGGCGACUUGUUUCAAGCGAUGAACUAUCACGGCUUGCCGACGCUUCAGGACGCGAAGAUCUAUACAGCACAGUGCGCACUGGCGAUCGACUACAUCCAUCAGUGUGGGUACGUGUAUCGAGACUUGAAGCCGGAGAAUGUGCUCUUGGGCGCGAACGGAUGCGUCCGUCUCGCCGAUUUCGGCAUGGCGAAAAAGCUGGAAACGGCGGAUGACCGAGCAUACACGAUUUGCGGCACAGCGCAGUACAUGUCGCCGGAGGUGCUGACGCAUCGUGGUUGUCGAUUUGAGGCUGAUUUCUGGGCGCUUGGCGUUUUGAUUUACGAGCUUUGCACCGGAACCACGCCGUUUGGCGGCGACAAGGAUUCUCGCCAAGAGUUGUACCGGCGGCUCUUGCAUCACCGCAAUGACACAAUGACCUUCCCGACGUGGUUCAACGCUGAGACGUGCUCCAUCGUCAAAUCAUUCCUUCACGAAGACGAAAGUAAACGUUUGGAUGCGAACCAGAGCUUUGAUCACCCUUGGUUUGCGUCGGUAUCAUCCAUGGAUGUGCUCUCCGGCGCGCAGGCGCCGGUGCUCCAACCCCGCAGGCGUAACAUCGUGUACGACAUGAAGUUACGCGAAUCCAUCGCUCAAGGUGACGUUCCGUGGGAGCGCGGCACCAUCGUGUCCGAUCCAGCGCAGCUCGCCUUGUUCGAGUCGUUCUAG